CAAUAUAUUGCUAGACCAUAUGAGAAUUACUAGUUCAUUGACAAUUCAACAGUCGAGCAAAGAUGAACACCCAGUUAUUUCCAAUCCGGCAGUGAUCGCGUCGAGAUGAGAUUCUCGCCUCGGAAGCGCCGUCGCUUCGGCAGCAACGAAUCCUUCACCCCUCGAAUUGUUUCAUCAUGGUAGCACCGCAUCGCAGCCAUGUCCCCGUUCGAACCUCUCCGGCCCCUGGCCAACAACGUCUUUCUCUACGAGCCUCAGCUCAAUGACCGUCGGCCUCGCGAGGAUCCUCCCCUGAUCAUUCUGUGCACGUGGGUCGGAGGCGCCAUCCCCCGACACAUCAACAAAUACGUCGCCCCCUACCUCCAUCUCUACCCGCAUUCAUGCAUUCUUCUCAUCACCACCCACAUUCUCGAUAUCAGCGUGCGCUCCUUCGCCGCCGUCCGCGCCCGUCUGAAGCCUGCCCGGGACGCCAUCCGUCGGAUCUUGGGGCCUGAGGGCGUCGGCGGCGAUACCAAUGCCAGUCCCGGGCCGGGGCCGGGAGCUUUACUUCAUAUCUUUUCGCACGGAGGAUGCAACACGGCGGUCCAGUUAGCGCUGUCCAUGGGUGAGGAUGAAGGGCAAAGAGGGCUGCGACAUCUACCGGUUCAGGCCGUCAUCUUCGACUGCUGUCCCGGGGACGAUUCCUUCCUGCGCAUGUACAAUGCGGCCGCGGUGUCGUUUCCCAAGGCGUUUCCCCUGGGAACUUUCGAGAGUGUGCUGCUCUACCCGUCCAUCGCGGCGAUCUUUGGCCUGCAGCGUGCGGGUUUCAUGCACUCGGUGCGUCAGUUACGAGAGCAGAUGAAUGAUCGGACGGUGUUUGGGUCUGCUCCGCGGCUGUAUCUGUAUUCGGCGGCGGAUGACAUGGUGCCCUGGUAUGACGUCCGGGCGCAUGUAGACGAGGCAAGGUCCCAGGGAUUUCAGGCAGAGGGCUUAAUGUUUCGGGAUAGUCCGCAUUGCGCGCUGAUUCAGGAGGACGCGGCUCGGUACUGGGGGGCGAUUCAGGCGUUUUGGCGGGGAGAGCGGCAGGAAGAAGAGAGGGCGAGUAAACUGUAGAUAUAUAGAUCAUGCCGUGUUAAAUGUGUCAGAUAGAAUCCUAGAUAUAAUGCUAGAUACCUU